CACUGGUCUUUUGUGUAUAAAUUCCAUUCUUCCCACCGCGCUCCCAACACUUUUCCUGAUAGUUCUCGCUACGCUCAAUUGUCAUUGUCCCAUACAGAGAGCCUCCAGAGUCACUGCUUCUUGCUGCAAUCCGCCCAGUCAAGAUGUCCGAAUACGGACCCCACGCGGCACUUCGCAUUGCCCGUACCCAGACACCCUAUGGAAAGCAGUUCCCUAUUCCAAACGAGCAACAAGUCCAUGACAUUGAGGUGAACUUCGACGUCACCUUCACCACCCACGAUGUGGCAAAUUUUCCAAACGACUUCAUCCCAAAGGCUCUUCUACACAACGAGGAAGAUGAUAUACCCGUCGACUGGAAUGAGACGUUGGAGCUCCAAACAGAUAUUCACCUUAAGAAGGCACAGCGUAAAGCUGUUCUGAAAAACAACAAAAUGGCCACUAGAUGGGCUGUGAAAAGUCUCAAGGCCCGAAAGCCAGGGCGUUAUGACCUGAUCUUCCUCAUAUAUCCAGCCGACACAACGCAGGGCCUAAUAGAAAUCUACGACUAUAACGCCAGCGCUAUUGAGAUUGUUGUCCAGCAACCACACCCAGCGGUCGAAGUCUCAAGAGGAACAUCGUGAACUGGGGGUGCACGUCCAGACUCCACCGUCCCUGCAGCGGCGUCAAGACCAACCACUUUGUCAAUCAGUGCGCGGAUGGUGGAGAUAUAGUGGAGUCCCCAGAGCAUCGACUUCAUGAGAGGUGUCCCAACGACACAGGAGAAGCUGCCAUUUAGUGAUAGCUAAGCCAAAUACCAAUGUGACUCAGAAUAACCGCAUUACUAGGGAGGGGAAGUAUUUCACUUUGAAGUAAUGAUUGGCCUCACAAUGUCUCUCAAGCAGAACUGUGCCUCCGUGCAACGUGCAGCGCCUGAAUGUAUACAGUCCACGUGCUUUAGCACGAGGGGUUAACUCUUGAUGCAUCA